UAUUUUCUUUUAAAUUGAUCAUUCUAUUCCUACCAGUUUUAAAAUGUAAACUUUUGCCAUGUUGUUCUUAAUUGUAUAUAAAAGCUGUCACCAAGACAAGAAACACUUUUUUGUGCAGAUUAAUAUUUGAGAUUUUGUAAAAGGGACGACAUUUGAUAUCAUAAUGGGUUAAUUUAAGUUGGCUUAUUAUAUAAGUUCACAGUAUUAAUUCCAAAAAUGCUAUUUGUACUUGGCCAUGAUGUGUGGAAAUAUGCCAGUGGAGCAUAAUUAAUUGCUGGCCUAAAAUAUAAUAAUAGGACGUUUUGACGUUAAAUUUUCUCAGUAUAUGGUACAUUGGUCUUAGCAUAAUUAAUUUGUUAAAAAACCUUACUUGUUUUUUCUAAUUUGGUCUAGAUUUAGAAGUUUUGUUGCAAAACCUUCAUCAAGCCUCAUUUAUAUUGCUCAAAUUCUGAAACCUAGAAAGUAUAGCUAAAGCGUGGUUUCCAAUAAGUCGCGGGCUGUUGUGCAACUGUUGCGGAGUUGUUGGAAACAUAAUGUUGCACAAAACAAUAAAUGUUGCACAACUGUUUCAAUGUUGCAUAACAAGUGUUGCCGAGAUUGACAAAUUUCUAUUUUGUUCGGUGAACUGUUGCUAAGCAAAUUGCAUCAUUUUGUUUAAUAUUUAUAUUGGUUCUGUAAAUUAACUCUUGUACUGAACAACAACAAGAAAUAAAAAAUAAAAAUGGCCGCUGCUACUUCGUUUUCAAAAGAAAGAUUCAUGCAAGAAGUCCAACAAUACAAGAUUUUAUAUGAUAAAUUUGAUUCCGAAUUUAAAAACCAGGAUAUGAAAAGGAAUGCCUGGGAGAAAAUUGGUUCGAUAUUUAAUAUGAACGCUAUGGAAGCGGAGAGCAAAUACAAAACUAUACGAUCCGCCUAUGGGAGAUUUUUAAGAAAAAGAAAAUCCACGCCCUCGGGAUCUUCAAGGAAUUCUAUAAGUCACGAAUAUGACUAUCUCGAAUGGUUGAACACUUAUAUAGAGCACAGAGAAACUUCGACAAACUUUCCCACUGCAACACCUUCAUCUUUUGUCCAAGUUUCUCCUUCAUCGUGUGAUGCAGCAGAGAACAGUAGUAAUGAACAACAACAACAAGGUGAUGACGUCGAACAAAUUAAUUCGAUCGAAGAUUCCAUUCUUGAUCAAUUUUUACACGGGAAUUCGAACACUCAACAACAAAAAGAAAACUUAUGCUUAAAUCAAACUUUGGCGAAAAAGAACGCAAAGCAGCAGUGACGAGUGUUUAAAGAAUUAAAUGAUGACAGCGAAGUAGAUUCUUCUCUUUUAAAUACUAUGUCUCAAAUUAAUAAAGUUAUACAGAAAGUUAUAACAUGCGAAGACGACGACAAUAUAAUGUUUUUUUGUAAAUCUAUGGCACCCGUUAUGAGGCGACUUAGCCUUAAGAAUCAAGCCAUAGAUAAAGUGGCACUCGGCAGUUGCUGUUAAACUUGGAAUUUCCGAAUAUUUCGGGAAAUUAAACAUUUUAUUUUUUUCAAUUACAGUAUAUUAAUAUUUAUUAAAAACACAAAGUUAUCUAUAAGUUUUUGAAAAUGUUCAUUCAAAUUGUUCAGAUAUUAUUGAAAAAAAUUCUUUUA